CCCCGCCAGCAUCCAAUCGCCUGCUAGCGCGGUCGCCAUGGCGACGGUGGACGCGGUGCGGCCUAGGCCGCCAUGGCCGCCUACAGCCCCGCGGUGCUGGUGGGCAACUGGAACGAGGCGGCGUGCCUGGAGGAGGACCGCAUGAGGGAUUUUAUACGGAAAAGAGACCGAGGGGAACUUUUAAUGCAGAAAAUAAGCAGACUUGAAGAGAAUCUGUUAAAGAAGAUAAAGUUGUCGGUGUCUAAGGAUGGAUUUAUUUGCUUUGGAGACACUGUGAUGCUUUUGAGCCCGGACAACAAAUCCUCAGUGGACAAUUACACUGGAGCGUGCGGCAACCUAACGCUGUCAAUUAAUCUGGAGGAAAUAUCCAUAUAUUCGGCUGUGUCACUUUACGUUGUUUGCAAUUAUUCUUCUCUUUGUUCUUUUUACAAUUUUAACAGUGUUGAUGGAAGUUCAGUGGGGGAACCCAUUAGAUUUGGGCAAAAGUUUCGUCUUGGGACAACAGGAGGGUUUUCAGAUCCAAUGUUAUAUCUAGCAAGUGACCAUAAAUCAUUCAUCAGAUUUGCUAAAAAAUCUUACCUUCAGCAAGUAUUUUUGACAGAUGAGCUUUCUUAUUUAACUUGCUGGCAAACUACUUUCUUGGAUCCACAGCUGCGUCUUGAAUAUGAAGGAUCUCCAGUUCCUGCAAAUUCUAAAGUGAUUAUUACUCAUUGCCAUACGAAUCGGAGCUUAGCUGUUCCAAGGAACUUUUGGACAAGGUCUUAUUUUGGAAGGGAAUAUGAAGUUAUUUGUCACACUUACCUGGACUCCCAUAAAGUUGAAGAAGAUAAGAAUUACUGGGUAAUAGUUACAGCAAAUCCCAGUGACGAUGGUACUAUGAUUGAUAGACCUGACCCUCAGCCAGGGGGAAUCGGAAAGAAAGAGUUUUGUCAAGAGACAGAGAAUUUAAAAAUCCCAGAUUACAAAUGACAAAGGUUGAUGAGAUUUUGAUUCUUAUUUUUUCUGCUCAGAUUUUUGUAUUAGAGAUGCUUAAUUAAAAACAGAAAUGAAAGUCUACCAUUAGUAAUUUUACGUAAUCUCAUUAACUCAUCGGGGUUCUGUGGAUGGCAAAAAUUGACUAAUAAAACUUGAUGAACAAUGCACACGACAUCAAAAAUUUGUGAAUCAACAAGGGUUCAUUUUUGUACUUUCACAUUCACUGAUGGGAAAAGAAGUCAGAACCCAGUAAAUCAAGUAUAUGUGCACUAAA